UGCUCGAUCACACGACAGAGUUGACCGAUCGUGCCACGAGCUUUUUGCUCGAUCAUCAUCCCGAGCUGCGUGGUCAGCAGCUACGGCGGCUACAGCGAUCGGCGGAGGAGACAAAUCAGCAGCAGGAACGGUGGCUUGAAAUGGCCGCGACAGCGAAACACGAUCUACGCCGGAAAUUUCCGACGGAGACGACGUCCAGUUCAGGGGAUGAGGACAUCGCGGCGAUCGCGAAGCAGAUCAGCGAUCACGCGGAGGCGAUCUAUCAGACUUGGAAGAGCCGUGGUCUAGCUCCCACGGAGAUACUGAAUUGUCACAGCAAUGCUACCGCCGCGGAUAAGUUCGGUACUGCUCUGACACCAUCGAAUACAUCGAAUAACACUGGAAAAAUGUCACCAACGACAGAGACUCCGGCCACCGCGGUGGAUAUCCUGGCUCAGACACCGAAUUUGGACAACGGGAAUCUAGAGAAACUGGUAAAUAAUUUCGUGGUGGAGGACAAGGCACGGUUAGCAGCCACCAGGCAAAGAUCGCCGUCGAAAACAUUACCAUCGUCGAUACAGUUCGCGUUGCAGAAGUUCGAGCGGAACUCGACGCAACAACAGACAUCAUCCCCGUUAAAGAACAGCACGGUUGGUAGCCAGCCAAAGCCGAAGCAGACGAACGUUCUGCUGUCCCCGACCUCUCCGUUCGCCAACAGACCCGCGCAGAUCGUGAAGCCUCUGGUCUCCACGAAGACACCGCCCGGUGCUCAUCACAGAGAGGUGUUUCUGGAGACGAUCGAGACCACGUUCCCGGCGGAUCUGACACCGUCCAAGAUCGUUCAACAAAAAAGGCCCUCCAGUACGGUGAUCACGUCACCGACUGCCCCGAACCUAGAGAACACCUCGAGCACCGUGAAUUCUGGCCUGACCACUUGGCCGUUGAAGAAUAAACUGAACGAGACCAAGAGGGCUACCGUGGAAUCGCCGUCGAGACCACAGCAGGACGUGAAACCGUUUACGAAGGAGGAGAAGAAGAACAACGUGGCGAACUCGAGCGUGUACCUGGACGAGGUCGCCAGGGAGGAGGAGAGGCUGAUAAACGCUCUAAAGACGGGCUCGGUGAUCACCGAGGAGUCUACAGAGAGAACACUGGUGCCGUUGGCUAGGCAGAAGCCAGCGAUCAAACGGGAGAAACCGAAGGUGGAGCCAGUCAAACCGAUUAUCAUCGGUCACAAUCAUCAUGGAAGCUCCGGUGCUCCUCUGGUGGUUCCUGCUUCCGCGACUAUGGUGAACAACGUAGUGGUCACGUCGCCACCUGGAACGAACACGAACACCAAUAGCACCGUAGUCCCAGACGCGAAAUCCCUGAGCAAGGACGAUCUGUCAAGCAUGUCCGUGGUGGAUUACGCGAAGGUUAGGUAUAGGGCGGCCCAACAAAAUCCCCCCACUCAGCAGAGGCUCGAGGAGCAGAAGACCAAUAACCAGCCGUCGUUCAAUCCCACCGAGCAAUUGGUAUCGACCACCAGGUCUAAGUUCGAGACAGAGAUCAGGAAGGACAAAGAGGCGACUAGCAAAGAUGACAAGGAACCAGCUGUGAUGUCCAGAUGGGGGCCAAGGAUCAACACUCCUAGACCGAGGAUCGAGCAAGUGCCUCAUCCGGAGUUGACCACGCAACAGAAACAACAUAUCAGAGCCGCAGCCGCGACCGGAACCGGGAACAAUCCUAUCAGACCGUUCCUGACCAGGGGAUCGGUCGCCGAACGGGUGCUGAUCUUCGAGAAGUGCCCCAGCGAGCUGCUGCUCGACAAACGGGGACCACGGCAGCCGGCCAUUAACACUUGGAGGACUGGACACGAGGUCCAGAACAAAGCCCAGACGUACGCAAAAGACAAAACCCAGCAGAAGAAUCUGCCGCCCCAUACAACGCUCCAAAGGCACGUGAAAGCGAACAGAAACGUCCACAUACCAAGAUUUUAUUUCCCCGGAGGCAAACCGUUACCGCUGUCGCAAAUAGAAGCGACCAUCUCCAAAAUCACCGCGGCUUUUCAAGCUCUGCCCGGCCAUAGUGCUUCUCGUGCCCAAUUUCACACGAUCACAAAGGCAUGCGAUCUACCGCUUUAUUGGAAAGUGCCGCUCUUCUUGGCGGCCGGCGGCGACCAAACUGGCUACAUCGAGAUGAACGCCUUCCUUGAUUUCUGGAAAGAAAUGUCAAACAGCCACCACGACGCGGCGAGCAAGUUCAUCAGAAUCACGACCCGGGGCCAGAGGAACAAUAUACUCCCCGAGGAUUUGAUCCCGUUGGUGCAAGAUGUGGUCGAGACUCAUCCCGGUUUAACUUUCCUGAAAGAGGCUACUGAGUUCCAUUCACGCUAUGUACACACGGUGAUCGCCAGGAUAUUCUAUUGCGUGAACCGAAGCUGGAGCGGCCGGAUAUCCGUGGCGGAGCUGAGAAGAAGCAACUUGCUGUCGGUGAUCGCAGUUCUCGAGCACGAGGAGGACAUCAAUCAAGUAACCGCGUACUUCAGUUACGAGCAUUUCUACGUGAUAUAUUGCAAAUUCUGGGAGCUCGAUCGGGACCACGAUCUGUUCAUCGACAAGAAAGACCUCACCAAGUACAAUGACCACGCUCUGUCGAAGCGUAUGAUCGCUAGAAUAUUCAGCGGGGCUGUGACCAGAGGGGGCGAGGACAAGAAUCAUCCGACCGCGAUGAGUUACACAGAAUUUGUGUGGUUCUUGCUCAGCGAGGAGGACAAGAAUCAUCCAACCGCGAUCGAAUAUUGGUUCAGAUGCAUGGAUCUCGAUGGGGACGGGUACUUGUCGAUGUACGAACUGGAGUACUUUUACGAAGAACAAUUGCACCGCAUGGAGGCGAUCGGGUUAGAGACGUUGCCGUUCGAGGACUGUCUUUGUCAGAUGUUGGACAUGAUUAAACCAGCGACACCGGGGAAGAUAUCCCUGAGCGAUUUGAAGAAAUGCAAGAUGACCUCGAUCUUCUUCGACACGUUCUUCAACCUCGAAAAGUACCUGGACCACGAGCAGAGAGAUCCGUUCGCGUCCGCGAGGGAACACGAUCCCGAUGGCCAUGAGCUGUCGGACUGGGAUCGAUUCGCGGCCGAGGAAUACGAGAUGUUGGUGGCCGAGGAGAGCGGUAACGAACAGAACGAACAGAUGUCGUACGAUUCCAUAUCAGAGGACGUGUUUUCUCAAAAUCUGGACAUUAUGGACAGCGAAUCGGUGGAUCUGCUCCAGAACACUGAGCCUCAAGGAUACCUCGACGACCAAUCAACAGAGAAUCCGCCAGACUCCAUUCAUCAGUCCAGGAGCCAGUACUACGACAGCGGGGACAGCGACGAUUACGCUGAGAGCGACAAUUGA